AUGGAGAGGAAUGGAAUUGGAGGAAUUAAGAGUCUCAUGAUCUCUUCUUCUAGGCAGCUAGGCGGGUUGGCUCAUUUUUUGGUGCCGAACUUGGAGGACAAAGCAGCCGAAACCGAGGAAAACAAAUCAAAGGUUGAGUUGAUAAGGCGAAAUGGCUGUGACUGCAAGUGCAAGCUUAGUGUUCAUGUUGAAUAUAUUGAAAGCGUAUAG